CUGCAAGAACAAAAGUCGAACCUAAAAGAAAGAUUGGGCAAGAUUUAAUAAUGUAACUUUGGUUCCUCCUUUAGAAAAUUCUUCAGUGGAUUUGGCACAAUGCAGAGUGGAUUUCCAACAUCGAAUACUUAACUCUUGUGUUAGUGGCUUUCACAGGGUACGCCACAAAAUAUGUUUGUGGAUUUAGGCAAGUGAUUUUGAAUCCAUUGCAUCUCUUUUCUCUUUUUCACUGUACAUUUUCCAUGCAACUUUAGAUGUCACUAAAACACACUCCAUGAUCUGGUUGAGGAUCCUUGUAACUUGGCAUGCUACCUGCUCCCGUAUAAUUCGCCCUUAAGGCUAUAAAUAAGCAGAAUAAGUGAUUUCGAGUUAGCAAAAGUGCUGCAGGCAGGCUAAAUAAAAAUGGAGAAAACAAAUGGCAUUCAAGGAAGAGGAAUUCAAAAUGCAUCUUCUCUUGAAGAAACUAAACCAAAGAUCAAAGCUAACGAAGAAGAAAAUGAUGAAAAGAAGGAAGACAACACAUGUUUCCAAGAUAGUGCCUCACCCCAGAAGCCAACAUGGAAAAGGUUCAUGGCCUAUGUUGGACCUGGAUUUCUCGUCUCUAUGGCUUAUAUUGACCCUGGAAACUUGGAAACUGACCUGCAAGCAGGAGCUGAUCACAAAUACCAGCUUCUAUGGGUCAUACUGAUCGGGCUGUUAUUUGCUUUGAUAAUUCAAUCUUUAGCCGCAAAUCUUGGAGUCGUAACAGGAAAGCACUUAGCUGAACUGUGCAAAGUGGAGUACCCAAAUCAUGUCAACUUUUGUCUAUGGUUGCUUGCGGAAGCAGCUGUGAUUGCUUCUGACAUCCCUGAAGUGAUAGGAACAGCCUUUGCUCUCAAUAUACUGUUUCAUGUUCCAUUGUGGGCUGGGGUUCUAAUCACAGGAUUGAGCACACUUUUAUUGCUUGGACUUCAGAAAUAUGGGGUUCAGAAGCUUGAAAGACUAAUAACUAUUUUAGUGCUUGUCAUGGCUGCUUGCUACAUUGGAGAGCUGAGCUAUGUGAGCCCCCCUGCAAAUGAGGUGGUCAAGGGGCUCUUUGUGCCUAGUCUGAAGGGCAGUGGUGCCACUGGAGAUGCUAUAGCACUCUUGGGAGCUCUUAUCAUGCCGCACAAUUUGUUCUUGCAUUCAGCUUUGGUGCUAUCCAGGAAGACACCACCGUCGAUCAAAGGAGUCAAUGAUGCUUGCAGAUACUUUCUCGUGGAGAGUGGAUUUGCAUUAUCAAUAGCAUUGCUCAUCAACAUCAGCAUUGUUGCUGUCUCUGGAACUGUUUGUACUGCUAAUGACUUGUCUCAGCAGGACUCUGAUAGAUGCGAUGAUCUUACACUUCAUUCUGCAUCAUUUCUGUUGAAGGAUGUCCUUGGAAAGUCUAGUUCAACUGUUUAUGCCAUUGCAUUGUUAGCCUCUGGACAGAGCUCUGCAAUAACUGGUACAUACGCUGGGCAAUACAUCAUGCAGGGUUUUCUAAACAUGAAGAUGAAAAAAUGGCUGAGGAAUCUCAUGACUCGAUCAAUCGCAAUCACUCCAAGUCUCAUCGUCUCCAUCAUUAGUGGUUCCUCAGGAGCUGGACGGCUCAUCAUAAUCUCAUCGAUGGUACUAUCAUUUGAGUUGCCAUUUGCACUCUUACCUCUUCUCAAAUUCAGCAGCAGUCGAACAAAAAUGGGACCUCAUAAAAGCUCAAUAUAUAUCAUUGUGGUGUCAUGGAUUCUUGGUUGGCUUCUAGUAGCAAUCAACAUCUACUUCUUAAGCACCAGCUUUGUCAGUUGGCUCAUUGAUAGCAGCCUACCAACAGUUGCUAAUGUUCUCAUCAGCAUCAUUGUUUUCCCUCUCAUGGUAGUGUACACUCUUGCUGUCAUCUACUUAACCUUUAGGAAGGAGACUGAAGUUACAUUCGUCGACUCAUUGGAUUCUUCACAUGUUAACAUAGAGAGUGGUGGUUCAUUUCAAGUUGAUGGAAUGAGUAGAUCUGAAGUUGCACCCGUCAGAGAGGAUCGUGCAGAUAUCCCCCUCCAUGAUUAGAUAAGGUUCCCAUUUACUUGGAUGGAAGAUAUGAUAUUCCACUGCGUACUUUCCCUUAUCUCUUGACAUGACUCCCUCCUGAAAAUUGUUGUUUUGUGGAUUACCAUAUGACUCUUAGAUUUAAGGAGACUUACUUGUAGCCUAAA